UUCAGAGGCUUUGGUGGCACUGAGGGUGAGAGAGAGAAAGAGAGAGAGCUAGAGAGAGGGAAAGAGGUGCCUGUGUGUUUGUUUCACCUCCUAAUCAGUUUUCCUUGGGGAUCUAUCAUCCACUGCAGCAGAGGAGAAGGUAGUGAAGCAGAAAAAGAAGAUAGAACAAUUCAGCUCCGGCGAAAAUCUGCUUCGAUCAGGAAUUUGAGCCUCAUACAAGUGACAGAAAUGGACGCCCCUCUCUCCACCCCAUGCAACAUCCAGAUUUGCGAGGUCACCUGUGACUCCUUCCGCAUCAUGUGGGACAUGACCUCGGAGGACACUGCCCGAGCCACGCACUUCUUCAUCGACCUGAGCCGCAAAGAGAGCAGGGACCCCAACCGCUUCAAACACAGGGAUGUGCCAACCAAGCUUGUGGCCAAGGCCGUUCCUCUCCCCAUGGCAGUGAGGGGACACUGGUUCCUCAGCCCUCGGACAGAGUACUGCGUUGCUGUUCAAACUGCUGUCCGUCAGCCAGACGGUGACUACCUGGUGUCAGAGUGGAGCCAGGUGGUGGAGUUCUGCACUGGAGACUAUGCCAUGGAACACCUACAGCAGCUUCUUGACAAGGCAAAAGGCUCCGCAGGGAGGCUGCUGAAAUUCUCUGUGUUCUAUCGCAACCAGCACACCGAAUACUUUGACUACGUCAGGAGGGAAUGUGGAGGACUAAUGCGUCCAGCUCUGAAAGACAACAGUGGGAGUCACGGUUCUCCCAUAAAUGCCAAACUACAGGGAGUCUUCUUCAGCUGCAACACAGAGUUUGACACAGGCCUACCUCCCAAAGACUCCCCUUAUGGCCCGCUGCGUUACCAGAUCCCAGCUGGACACCUGCUGAACCCUGACAUCUGUCUGUACUUUGCAGACUUCUACUGUAUGUACACAGCCUACCAUUAUGUGGUGUUGGUGCUAGCCCCUGUUGGCUCAGAGGGAGAUACCUUCUGUCGCACCCGCCUCCCCAUGCUGGACUUGGCUUCCAACCCCUUCCUGACAUACACUGCCCCCCAGAGGGAAGGGGAAGAGCCUCUGUUCUGCCACUCCAGCGAUGUCAUCCUCGAGGUGCUUUUCACAGAGCCGGUUCAUUUGGAUCAGGGCAGCGUGGAGCAGAUCAGCGGACAUCACCAGCUGAUGAGUCUGACCACAGCCAAUGCCAAGAAAGACCCAAGCUGCAAAGUGUGCAACAUUAGCGUGGGACGCUGAGGAGGAUGUGAGACAGAGCUGGGAGUGUGUGAGCCUACAAUGCUGAAAGACAGAGUUUUGCACAGGACGAAACAGUCGAGUUCAUUGUGUGUAGGUUAGAAAACAGAGGAAACAGCCCACCUCUCGGGGUGUGUGCAUGCUGCUUUCCUUCUUCCCUCCUACCUGGAUUAGAAUAGUGAGUAACUUCCAGUGUGUCACAGGAAUUUGUCAUGAUCACAGAUGGAAAUAGAGAAAACUUCCACCCGUGACUGCUGAACAAAUCAUAAUUGAAAAACUAAACUAAAAAUGAUAGGCUUCAGAAUAAUGGAGAAAAUCUGUGAUCCUUGUUUGUGAGAGUCAUCUGUCCUCUCUGGUGUUUUUAUGGCAUUUCCUACCUUUCGUUUACAUAUUCUUUCCUGUGUUCGAUUUCAUUUUUCCCUAUGCUGGACGACUAGUUUCAUGAAUUUAUUUUAUUUUGAUACAGCCCACAAGUUCAAAUGCACAAAGCGUGCCCCUUUUAUAAGAAAGUGGCUUUAAACAUAGAAAUCAUAAAAAACGUUUGACUACUGCUGCUUCUUGUGAUGCUCAGUGAAGUCACUGCCAGACUUUUUUGUCUUUUAAAAAGCCUUAUAGUCAAAUAUCUAAACAUUAAGUACUUGAAUCCUUCCUUAAAAGCUAAUCGAAGAGUUAAAAUUGAUGAAUUAACUGUUCUCCUGCCCUGCAAUUUGCUGGCAACCUGUCCAGGGUGUACCCCGCCUCUCCCCUACUGUCAACUGGGAUUGGCUCCAGCUCCCAUCACAACCAGCAAAAGAUAAGAGAUUAAGAUAAUGGAUUGAUGGAUUGUAAUCCUUAAAGACACUGUGGGAUCUAUGAAGCGAAGCAGUGCCAAGCUUGAUGCAGUUGUAUUUACAAGUUACAGCCCUAAAUGCACUUGUACUAAUCGCUGUAAACAAUGAACUCAAAUUGUCCAAAAAGAGCCCAAUGUCUAAAUGUUGCAGUGUGACAGUGAAAGUAGGGCGAUUCAUUGUGUUGGGGUUUUGAACACCAUAGAGAAAGAUAAUGGUGACGAUGCCAACACAGUGUGCCCUGCCAUCAGUCUCUGACAGUAAGCCUCAGCUCUAUAAACAGGACCGAGCUAAGAUUAGCUUCUCUCGUGUUUCUGUUUGUCGGUCCACGAUUAUCUUUGACCUAUGUGGGAAUCCCAACAUCCCAAACAUGUGAAAAGGGAUCCACUCCCUCGUGCACUUGGGCUGAGGAGUUGCCAACAUGUAGGAAACGACAAUAGAGUGCCCCCGAAGAACAAGGUUACCUAGUUGUGGAUGAAAUGUGAGAGAGAGCUGGGAGAGAAAAUUUAGUUUUUAAGUUUAUGAAAAUAUAAGAUUCAAUUCAGUGUGAUGCAAAUGGAAUAAAAACUCUCCACCUUAUUUUUAUCCAGAACAGAUGUAUUAUGUAUGAUGAAAAAAAUAAUAUUUUUAUAAGUUCAGUAAGUCAUGCCCUUUCACUUAGACCCUUCCCACAACAGAGAUGUGAGCUCACACACACUGCAAUGCUGUAAUUCUGUCCAUCGUUAUUGUCCCAAAAAGGUUUGCUCUGCCCUCCAGGUGAAUAACAUAAACAGAACUCUAUCUUCCUUUUGGCAUCCAGCACUUUAGGAAUGGCAAUGUCAAAUUCAAAGAUGUCCGUCUGUGGUCCUCCGAAUCGUUUCUGCAGGUACGUACAGGGCACAUCUUUGUAGCUCUGCCAGGAGUCAAAGGUGAUGCGCACACGCACGUCCUUCUGGAAGCUGAGGUUCCUGACUCGGACGGUACCUUGGAGGGCCUGUUCUGUGACGCUGCAGUUGUCCAGGGUAACCAUGCUCUCUGCCAGCUUGGCGCGGAAGGCCCUGAAAUCUGCAGAGGGUUGUGGGAAGCCCAACUUGAGCUGUGUCCCUGGGCAGCACGUGCUGACGGUGCAGCUGUAGCUGUUCGCUGUCAUGCUUCCCAUGUCAGGCAGUGACGGCAGUAGGUUGAGGUCGGACUGCUCCUCUUCAUCGGAAAACUCUCGCACAGCUGUCAGGGACAAUCCUCUUGAGUCAGCGAAAACCACAUGUUUAUUCUUAAUUGGGAUCAAAACCUCAUCGUCGAAGUCGUCGUCCAGAAAGAACGAGAAAGGGAGGGCUGGGUAAGCUUGACUCAGGAUGUCAGAGGGCAGCUGAUCUGACACCUGAGCACGGAGGCACGGCCGCUGAGGUUUCAGGAUGGGAACCCAAACGUGAGGACACAGUUGUUUACGCUGGUUCAAGCACAGCCUGACGGCAAUCUCCACAAGUCCGGCUGACUGGGCCAUUGACCCGAAGCCAACCACUGGCAGGACACUUGCAAAGGACAAAAAAAAAAAAAUGGUUUCAAUAAAGACUGCAGCUUUGAUGAUUACAAUUCACCCUCACUCAAACAAAUUGAGAAAAUGAUGAAAGAUAAUGCAACAGGCACACUUAUUAUGGCUUACUUUGUAUCAGAGAUCUCCAUGCUGGUGGUCGAGGCUGAAUUAUGGAAAUAUUAUCCUCAAUGUUUGUCUGGAGUUCUAGUGUGGUGGCAAUUUCUGUGAAUCAAGCACAAAGUUAAACACUUAGUCCAGCAUCUGCAGAUGGACUCACAGCACAAUCACCAGAAUGACAUGUACAAUGAGCAAAGAACAGAGGAAAGCCCUGUGAUCUUAUAACCCCCCCUAUGCACAUGCUGUAUCACAUACACAAAUUAAAACAUUUCCAUUACACUGGAAAAUAGAACAACAGUAUUUUAACUAAUCCAAAUCACUGCUGUGACACAUUGAAAUAGUCUCACUUAAUUGAAAAUCUUACUUACACACAUGAACAGCAGGUGGUCGUCUGUAGUCUCACUCAUCCCCACAGGAGAGUCUGGCAGUGUCCUAUAUACACUACCUCACUUGUCAAGUCAUGUUGCUUACUCCUCCCCCUUCACUCUCCUGACCAAUCAGCUGAAUGUUGUGGUUUUGUGCUCAUCCUGUUUCAGCUCAGCAUAGAACGAUUUGAGCUCAUGUACAGCAGCAGCCCUUGUUUUUAAUUUUGCCAUGCUUUCAUUGUAUGUAGCUUAGUUCAGUUUGACUGUCACUACAUGAAAAUGUUAUUGCACCAGUGUUUUCUGUAAAGAUUUAUGUGAAUUUAUGUCUUUGUACAGUCACCUCAGAUGUGUCAUCCACUGAGCUAAAACCACAUACAGGUGUACUGUACUGAGCGUGUGGUCUACAUGUAAUUCUACCCUGUGGAAACUAUUCCAGUCAUCCUGGGCUCUAUUCUCAGACAUGUCAAUAGAGACAGAUCCAAGUUCACUGCUGGUUCGCUUGUGUCCUGAAGGGAUCGCUGUCCCGCAAUCCAUAAACAUGUUUGACGCAUAAGGAAGAGCCGGAUUACAAACGAUCUUCAGCAUGCCAGUCAGCUAACGGAGGAAGCCAUUCAAGAAUUGAGCCAAGUACGUGCAUACAUAUCAAGUUACAUGAAACGCACCUGCUAUAAUGCAGAGAUGUAUUUGGACACCAAAUUCAAGGACAUUUGAAUGAUUUAAACCUAAGACUUUUUAUGAGAGAGGUUAUUGGCCACGAUUUGACUUUCUGCCAUUGCACAAAGACAACAAGAGAUCUUACAGAGGUUUAAUAAUUAAGUUGAUUGCUGUGCUGGAUGAAUAAUAAACUGAAAUACUCUCAUAACCAUUCAAUCAUUCACAUUUUUAAGAUUUUAUUCUUUUAAAUCCACAUCUUUAACUAUUUCCAAGGUCAAUGUGAACACUGCUUUCAAUUUCCAGCAUUUUAAUACAAAUAGGAGCCUUCGUGUGCUCUAAAUACCUCAUCUCUCCACAGAGUUUUAGGAUUUGAUAUUAGCUAGAUCUGCAAAUCAAGAUGAUGACUGACUGUUGACGCUGUUUAGUUCAGUGCAGGCAAAAAAUAGGCACUGACUGCUCCCUCUGAAAUCCUUACAUAACAAAGCUAUUAAAACAAUCUCAGAGAAGACAAUGUUCCACACAUCCUCUCAGGGUGAGACUACAGAGACACAAUCUAAAGAAACUUCAAUGCUGUGUAGCAGAGCAGCGCUGAAAGGCAGAUAAAACCGGAUCCGGUAGUCAAGGUGAAAAGAUGCAUGAGAGUUAGGAAAGAACAACAUCAAUAGGAAUACAAUUAUUUAUAAUGAUAGUUUACAUAAGUGUGAAUAUCACCAAAAUGAAAAAAAAUCUUUCAAAUAUACACGCAAAUUAAUAUCUGCACCAGGGAGUGAUAGGCACUGUGAUGCCAAGGUGAAAUUUCCCCUUCAGGUCAUUUGAUGUGUCCUGUUAUUGAGCAGCAAAGGAAAAAAUCCAAUAAUCUGCAUCUGCAUGUAGAAUCAAAGGAAUGAUGACAAGUAGAUUUGAUAGUCUUUACAGGUCGCAUAAACACCAACACACCAGAAUGCAUUAUACUGUAGAAAUCUAAUUGAACUUAUGUUGUGUAAUGAUUUUUUAAAAAAGGCCAUGAAUAACACCACAGCACUGCAAACGCUGGUUCUGUAAACCGGGUUCAUUCCCAGCCUUCACUUCUCAUUAGUGGUGAUCUUAUAUUUGGCAGGAAUAGUUUCCACUGGGUUACAUCUCCUGAAGCCAUGGUGCCACAACUUGGGUGUUUUCAAGGACAAGUGAUCUCUGCAGGUUCAUGAUCACCUGGAGCCAUCCACACCAACACACAGACCUGGAACAGAAAAAUCACUGUGUGUUAAGUUAAAAGCAAAUUCUGCAAUUCAUUUAAUUUAUUUAUAUGUAUGUAUUUAUACAUCUCAGACUGUUUUACAGAUAUAUCCAUUUUUUUAUAUUUGAUUCAUUUAUUCAAUUAUUUACUUUCUCAGAAUUGUUUUCACAUAUAGUAUUCUCUUUAUCACAUAUCUUUUAGCAUUUGAUUGUUUUAUCUUUAUCAUUUUCAUAUCUCUCUUAGCAUAUGAUUGUUUUAUCUUUAUCAUCUUAUAAGCCUUUGUUGAUUUUCUCAUUUCAAAUAUGAGAUUCACAAUAACGUUUCCUCGGUUCUUGUUUAUAUUGUCUUGAUCUGUGUAUUUAAAACUGGUCACUACAGUACACGGUGCAGUAACUACAUCACCUUAAAUGUCCCCUUUGCUCACACUAAGCUGAGGGGUUACACACCUUUUAAAUUGAAUGAGCUGCAAUCUGUCCAUCAACUGAAGUCUUACAUUCCCCUUAGUGAUUUAAAAUCUGGUGAUUUUCAUGAUUCUUGUAAAUGUUUUAAUUAAGUUCUUGUUGUGCUUCUUUUAUUUAUCAACUCUUUGUUGUGUUGUAUUUAUUUUCUGAUUUUAAAUGCCUCUUACUCCCAGGUUUUUCUUGAAAAAAUAAAUGGAUGGGGUGGUUAAACAA